AUGAACUUCUCCAAGCUCUCCGAGCUCGUCGAUCAGCUCGUUCGAGUCGUCCGAGAUUCCCCCGCGCACACCUUCGACCGGUGGUGGAGUGUAUCGCGGAAAUUCUUCUUCACCCUCACCUUCAUCUCACUGAUCUGGGCCAAACUCUUACACAUAUAUGCUCAUCUCUACUCAUUACCGCCGGCCAAAUUGCUUCUGUGGGGUCCGACCUUCUUUUUCCAGGAUGUCAUCUUUAUCCUCGUCGUCCGUCUGCUCACCCAGACCAUCCCCUGGCGACCUGCCGCUGUUGUCGCUGCAGUAUGCACUGUGCCAUUCAGUUUGCUGAUGUCUGGCAUGGCGUCUUCCGCCACCUCCUUUUACGUCGUGACCGGCGCCGAGAUCCACUGGCGACAGAUCCGCACUUUUCAGAGCGAUGCGGCUGCCGUUCGGACCCUGCUCACCGGAUUGACAGGGUUUCUGAUCGUGGAAGCCGUCGUAAUUGCCGCCUCCUGGUUCCUGGCGGCACCCAUUCACCGAGCCACGGGUGGGGUCUUACGGAUCUUGGUGACGCCCUUGCAGAGGCUCGCGCAACAGAUCUGGAGCCUUCGUUGCCCGCAGUGGAGGAGGAAGGCUACCCCCAUGGAUCCCGAGCGGUAUGAACAGAUUGCGGUCGAUGAUUACCUGGACGACAAGAGUGACGACGGAGACUCGGUGUUUCUCCUCGACCCGAUGAGUCACGAGACCCCCGUCAGACAUCACGAAUCGCUGUUCAAACGUCUGGCCGUCUUUGUCUUCUUCGGCGCAUAUGUGCUCCUCCGAUGCCUUCGCCCCCCCAAUCCUUCGUACAUGUUCCUGUCCGGGGCGCUGCCCGUCGUCCCAUUCGCCCCAGCGAACCGCGGCGGGUCACCCAUCGAUGCCGACGUGAUGCCGGGUGACUACCGCUGGCUGGAAGGUCGCUCGGCGCUGGAUAAGGCGCCGAGGUGGGAUUGGCUGCCGAGCGAUCCCAUCGCCGGGUUCGAGGAUUGGUAUCCGGGAUUCGAGGACGACCAUCCACCGCAUCAUGGACCGCCUCACGGACCGGAUCACAGGCCGCAUCAUCGCCGUCGUCCUCCCCCGCUGCAUUACAACCCGGUCAAGGAUCCGUUGCACAUCUCCAAUCUAGAGAACCCCGUGUUAGAACCCCUGAAGGAAGCACUCGCCAGCGGAAACGUGAGCAUCAAACACGUCAUCCUGCUGAAAUUGGAGAGCACCCGCGCGGACGUCUUUCCGCUGCGCAAAGACUCGUUCAUGUGGAAUCGCAUCGCCGAUUCCCACACGAACCACACCAUUCCCGAUACCGUGCAGCAGAAACUGGCCAAUUUGACCCGGACGGCGGAGUAUCUCACCGGGUUUGACUCGGGCUUUUCGCGCGACCCGGCUGCACACAAUGGAAGAAAGGCGUUCGGCGGCAUCAGCGCCCGCAAUGCCUUCACCACGGGCACCUACACGCUCAAGAGUCUGGUCGGAACCGUCUGCGGCGUUACCCCACUGGUGACCGAUUUCAACCGCGAGUACAAGCAUCACAUCUACCAACCGUGCAUGCCGCAUGUCCUCAACGCCCUUAAUCGUCAGAUUGACAUCGCGAACCGAACCAAGGAUUUCACUUCGUGGCCCUGGCACUCCAAGUGGAUGCAGUCUGUGACCGAGGGCUACGACAAGCAGAACGAGUUGACUCCACGACUGGGAUUCAAGGACAUUCUCGCCAAGGAGCAGCUGGAGAGCCCCAGCGCCAAGCACUGGCCGGUCAAGUCCAAGGAGAUCAACUAUUAUGGAUACCCCGACACCGAGCUGCGCGAGUACUUUCGCGAUGCGAUCGACGACGCCGAGCGGGAGCACAAGCGACUGUUCAUCACUCAUCUGACCGGUACGACUCACCAUCCGUGGGGGAUGCCCAACAACAGCUACCAGCACUUUAUGGGCGACAAGAAGUUCAAGGCCAAGGAUGAUCUCAACAAGUAUCUGAACACCAUCGGUUUCAUCGACAACUGGCUGGCGGAGAUUAUGGACAUUCUCAAGGAGAAGGGCGUCGCGGACGAGACCCUGCUCGUCAUGGCCGGCGAUCACGGAUUGUCUCUUCCCAAUGACGGCGGCGUCACUCCCUACGACAAUCCGCAUAUCGGCAGCUUCCAGGUUCCCAUCGUGUUUGCUCACCCCAAACUUCCCCCCGUCGAGAUCACGUCGCCAGUGAUCUCCGACCAGAUCGUGCCAACCAUCCUGGAUCUCUUGAUUGAGUCCUCGUCGCUAGAGAAAAAGGCCACCCGUGCGGCCAAGGACGUGCUAUCCCUCUACGAAGGCCAGUCGAUGAUUCGGCCCUUGAUCCCCGAGCAGAACGGCAAGCAAGACUGGCAGUUCACCGUGAUGAACACGGGCGGUUCCUGGCUGGCAGUGCGCUCUGCUGCCAAACCCGCCUACCGGCUCGUCAUCCCCCUUAUCGACGAUCUGGAGUGGCGGUUCACGGAUCUGGAAAAGGAUCCCAACGAACUCCACCCGAUCAAGAACUUUGACCUGAUUGAUCUGGCCCACAAACUCGAACAACAGUACGGGCCCGAAGUGACCAACUGGGUCCGCGACGCAGCUCAUGUUGCCUCGUGGUGGGUGGGAGAAAACUGGCGUCGCUACCGGUAUCGUCCCGAGCCCAAGCACUGA